GAAGAAGAAAAAAAAGAGCCAAAAAUCUCUGUGAAAAAAAUGGAGAGCAUCAUUGUGAAACUUGAAGAAGAUGCGCCAGCGCCGAUGGAGAGGUUGCACGAAGUUGGUCCGCCGCCGUUUUUGACGAAGACGUUUGAGAUGGUGGAAGACCCGUCCACUGACCCGGUGAUUUCCUGGAGUUCGGCCAAGAACAGCUUCAUUGUCUGGGAUUCUCACCAGUUCUCAACCACCAUCCUUCCUAGGCAUUUCAAGCACAGCAAUUUCUCCAGCUUCGUCCGACAGCUCAAUACUUAUUCAAGAGUUGCACUUAAUUGCUGAGGAGACAGAUAAACCUUUGGUGAUGGUUGAUGACUUCCGCUGGCAAUUUUAUCAUUGGGAGAAAGAAGAAAAGCUAGGGUUUUCGUAAGGUGGACCCAGACAGAUGGGAAUUCGCUAAUGAAGGAUUUCUAAGUGGGCAGAGACAUCUUCUGAAAACCAUUAAGAGGAGGAGAAAUGUUGUACACAGUGUGCAUAAUCAGGGAGUUGGUCCAUGCAUUGAGAUAGGGCAUUUUGGCAUGGAAGAAGAGAUUGAGAGACUGAAGAGGGACAAGACCCUGUUGGUGACUGAAAUUGUUAAACUAAGACAGAAACAGCAGAGUUCUAGUGCUCAAAUUGCGGCAAUGGAUGAAAGGUUAAGGAACACUGAGAGGAAGCAGCAUCUGGCAAUGAGUUUCCUAGCCAAACUACUCACGAACCCUUCUCUUAUCCGGCAAUGUCUUGAUAAGUAUGCUGAGAAGAAAGAUCUAAGGCAGCUCGAAAUCGGUCAAAAGAGGAGGCUGACAAUGUCACCACCGGGUGCGGAGAACUUGCAGGAUAUGGCUUCCAUUGCAACGCAAGGUGAUGAGGUGGAGGCGGACAUGGAGAGCUUGUUUUCUGCUGCACUCAUGGUGAAUGAGUCAAACAUGAGUUCCAUGGAGCCAUCAUCCUUUGCAUCUACUAGUGGUGGUGGUGGUGCUGCGACUGAUGCUGUUUCAGAAAGCUUCUGGGGGGAGAUGCUGCUUGCUGAAGGAGGGGUUUCUGAUCAAGUGUUGAUGAUUGGAAAUGAAUCAGAAGCUAAUGCAGAGAUUGAGGAUUUGGUCGCGGAGACGCCAGAAUGGGGUGGUGGAGAUUUGCAAGAUCUUCUCGAUGACAUCGGGGGUGUCUAACCUCAGAUCAUGAACUCACUCUUUUUUACUCCGUGUUAUGCUCCCUGCACCCUGUAAAACCACAUAUUUCACUCGCAGAUCAAACAUUAUUUUGGUCUUUUACAUUGAUCCUUUCUUAUAUCCUCCGUUUGCUGUAUUUAGUAUUGGGAUUCUAUUUAUUUUAAAGCUUUUAGUUUAAAGCAUUUUGUUACGGGCAUAUACGUUGCACUUGCAGGUUAGGAAGAUGUUUACAUUGCUUAGGGGGUGUUUGUUUUUCCGCCAGAAGACCUUCUGGCGUAUUUUGUCUGCGCCGCGCAGAUGCGGACUCUAUUCUUUGUGAAUAUCUGACCGAAUGAAAGGGUGUCGAAUUU